AUGCCAUGUGCCCAGAGGAGCUGGCUUGCAAACCUUUCCAUUCUGGCCCAGCUCCUUAACUUUGGGGUGCUUUGCUAUGGGAGGCAACCUCGGCCAGCCACGGUUCACUUCCCAGACAAAAGGCAAGAACAUUUCAUCAAGGGCCUGCCGGACUACCAGGUGGUGGGUCCUGUCCGAGUGGACGCGAACGGGCGUUUUGUGUCAUACGGCUUGCACCAUCCCCUCAGCGGCCGCAGGCGGAAGAGAGAUUCGGACGGCCCGGAUGGACGGGUGUACUAUAGAAUUACUCAUGACGACGAGGACCUGUUUUUUAACCUGACAGUCAGUCGGGGAUUUCUUUCCAAUAGCUACAUCGUGGAGAGGAGAUACGGGAACCUCGCCCACGUGAAGAUGGCAGCCUCCUCGGGGUCCCCGUGCCAUCUCAGGGGCUCGGUUGUGCGGCGGGGAAGCGGCGCCGGCACCGCAGCCCUCAGCGCCUGCCGCGGUCUGACUGGAUUUUUCCAUCUGCCACAUGGAGACUUUUUCAUUGAGCCUGUUAAAAAGCAUCCACUGGCUGAGGGAAGGUACCACCCACACAUCAUUUACAGGAGGCCGAGGCGGAGAGUUCCAGAGAUACAGGAGUCAACCUGUGGAUUAAAUGACAGCACUGGUACCUCCCAAAAGCAACAGCUACAGCGAGAGAUGUGGGAGAGGAACCACUUGCCAAUCAGAAGCCUCUCUCGGCGGUCCAUCAGCAAAGAGAGAUGGGUGGAGACGCUGGUGGUGGCCGACACGAAGAUGGUUGAAUAUCAUGGGAGUGAGAACGUGGAAUCCUACAUUCUCACCAUCAUGAACAUGGUCACUGGGUUGUUCCAUAACCCCAGCAUUGGCAAUGCAAUUCAUAUUGUUGUGGUUCGGCUCAUUCUGCUUGAAGAAGAAGAGCAAGGAUUGAAAAUAGUUCACCAUGCGGAGAAGACACUGUCCAGCUUCUGCAAGUGGCAGAAGAGCAUCAAUCCCAAGAGUGACUUGAACCCUGUCCAUCACGAUGUGGCCGUCCUCCUCACCAGAAAAGACAUCUGUGCUGGUGUCAAUCGCCCCUGUGAGACCCUGGGUCUGUCUCACCUGUCGGGAAUGUGCCAGCCUCACCGCAGUUGUAACAUCAAUGAAGAUUCUGGACUCCCUCUGGCUUUCACAAUUGCACAUGAGCUCGGACACAGCUUCGGCAUCCAGCAUGACGGGCAAGAAAACGACUGUGAGCCAGUGGGCAGGCACCCGUACAUCAUGUCCCGCCAGCUCCAGUAUGAUCCCGCCCCGCUGACAUGGUCCACUUGCAGCAAGGAGUAUAUCACCCGCUUCUUGGAUCGAGGCUGGGGAUCCUGUCUUGAUGACAUCCCACAAAAGAAAGGCUUGAAGUCGAAGGUCAUUGCCCCUGGAGUGAUCUAUGAUGUUCACCACCAGUGCCAGCUGCAGUAUGGCCCCAAUGCCACCUUCUGCCAGGAAGUAGAAAAUGUUUGCCAGACACUGUGGUGCUCAGUGAGAGGCUUUUGUCGCUCUAAGCUGGAUGCUGCUGCAGAUGGGACAAGAUGUGGUGAGAAGAAGUGGUGUAUGGCCGGCAAGUGCAUCACAGUGGGGAAGAAACCAGAGAGCAUCCCUGGAGGCUGGGGCCGCUGGUCACCCUGGUCCCACUGUUCCAGGACAUGUGGGGCUGGAGUCCAGAGUGCAGAGAGGCUCUGCAGCAACCCUGAACCAAAAUUUGGAGGAAAGUACUGCACAGGAGAAAGAAAACGCUAUCGCUUGUGCAACAUCCACCCCUGUCACCCAGAUGUACCAACGUUUCGGCAGAUGCAGUGCAGUGAGUUUGACACGGUUCCCUACAAGAAUGAAUUGUACCGCUGGUUUCCAGUUUUCAAUCCAGCACAUCCUUGUGAACUUUACUGCCGACCCAUAGACGGCCAGUUUUCCGAGAAAAUGCUGGAUGCAGUCAUUGACGGUACCCCCUGCUUUGAAGGUGGCAGCAGCAGAAAUAUCUGUAUUAAUGGCAUAUGUAAGAUGGUCGGCUGUGACUACGAGAUAGAUUCCAACGCCACAGAGGAUCGCUGCGGUGUGUGUCUUGGAGACGGCUCUGCCUGCCAGACUGUGAGGAAGAUGUUUAAGCAAAAAGAAGGAUCUGGUUAUGUUGACAUUGGGCUUAUUCCAAAAGGAGCGAGGGACAUACGUGUAAUGGAGGUUGAGGGAGCUGGAAACUUCUUGGCUAUCAGGAGUGAAGACCCAGAAAAAUAUUACCUCAAUGGAGGAUUUAUUAUCCAGUGGAAUGGGAACUACAAGCUGGCGGGGACUGUCUUUCAGUAUGACAGGAAGGGAGACCUGGAGAGACUGAUGGCCACAGGUCCCACCAAUGAAUCUGUGUGGAUCCAGCUCCUAUUCCAAGUGACUAACCCUGGCAUCAAGUAUGAGUACACAAUCCGGAAAGAUGGCCUUGACAAUGACCUGGAGAAGCGGGAGUACUUCUGGCAGUACGGGCACUGGACUGAGUGCAGUGUAUCAUGUGGGACAGGUAUCCGCCAUCAAACUGCCCAUUGCGUAAAGAAAGGCCGAGGAAUGGUGAAAGCGACAUUCUGUGACCCAGAAACACAGCCCAGUGGGAGACAGAAGAAGUGCCAUGAAAAGGAUUGUCCACCCAGGUGGUGGGCAGGGGAGUGGGAAGCAUGUUCGGCAACAUGCGGGCCACAUGGAGAGAAGAAGCGGACAGUGCUGUGCAUCCAGACCAUGGGCUCUGAUGAGCAAGCCCUCCCGGCUAAAGACUGUCAGCAUCUGCUGAAGCCCAAGACCCUUGUUUCCUGUAACAGAGACAUCCUGUGUCCAUCAGACUGGACAGUGGGCAACUGGAGUGAGUGUUCUGUUUCCUGUGGUGGUGGAGUGCGGACUCGCAGUGUCCUGUGUGCCAAGAACCAUAAUGAACCUUGCGACAUGACAAAGAAACCCAACAGCCGAGCUCUGUGUGGACUCCAGCAAUGCCCAUCUGGUCGGAGGCUUCUGAAACCCAACAAAAGUACAACCUCCAGUGGGAAAACUCCACCAACACCUAAGAAAGACCCUUUAAAACCCAUCCCUCCACCUACAUCCAGUCCCAGAGCACUGACCACAACCGCAGUGCCUGAGUCUACAAGCACAAGUACUCUGGCAAUCAACAACCCUAAUCCUACCACAGCCUCCACAGAAGGAGACCUGGAUGGGAAAUGGUGGCAAAAUAGUUCCACCCAGCCUGAACUGGACUCCCAUUAUCUCGUUUCCACUGGGAGUACUUCCCAGCCAACUUCCUCUUCAUCACAUAUCCAACCAAAUGAGAAUGUUUCCAAUUCAGGCAUUAGUCCUACCUCUGAAGAACUUUCAGCAACAACACCAAGUGGUUCUGAUUUGUCAUCUUCCAGCAACCCUGUGACUUGGCAGGUCACUCCAUUUUACACUACCUUGACUGUAGAGCCAGAAAUGGAUAUGCCCAGUGGCUCAGGGGAAGACAGUGAACAACCUGAGAACAAAGAUGAAAGCAACCCUGUAGUACAGACCAAUAUGAGAGUACCGGGAAAUGAUGUUUUGGUAGAAAGAGGUACAGAAAUGCCACUCAGACCUCCACCAACAUCUUAUCUCAGGGAGGAGUCCUUGUGGCCGCCCUUAAGCACAGUGUUAGAAGGACUGCUACCCAGCCAGAGACCCACUGCUCUCAGAAAUGGUGCACCCAGAGCUGAGGGGAUGGCCACUGAAAAGCCAGCUGAGACUCCACUCCCUCUGGGAGAUGACCAGCCAGCACCCAAAUUAAAAUCAGUAUACCAUAGCCACCUGGAACCUCCAGGCAACAUGAAUCUAACACAAAGUUCUGGGCCAGUCCUGACUGAGGAGGAUGCAACGAGUCUGAUUGCUGAGGGGUUUUUGCUGAAUGCCUCCAAUUAUAAGCACCUGGCAACGAGUCACAGCCCUGCAUACUGGAUUGUUGGAAACUGGAGUGAGUGUUCCACCACAUGUGGGCUGGGGGCCUACUGGAGACACGUGGAGUGCAGCACCCAUACAGAUUCCGACUGUGCUGCCAUUCAGAGGCCUGACCCUGCUAAGAGAUGCCACCUCCGUCCCUGUGCCGGCUGGAAAGUGGGAAACUGGAGCAAGUGCUCCAGAAACUGCAGCGGGGGCUUCAAGAUCCGGGAAAUUCAGUGCGUGGACAGCCGGGACCAGAAGGGCCUGAGGCCGUUUCACUGCCAGUUCCUGGCCGGCAUUCCUCCCCCGCUGAGCGCCAGCUGUAACCCGCAGCCCUGUGAGGAGUGGCAGGCGGAGCCCUGGAGUCAGUGCUCCAGGUCCUGUGGAGGGGGAGUGCAGGAGAGACGAGUGUCCUGUCCAGGAGGCGUCUGUGACUGGAAGAAAAGGCCCGUGUCCACUGCAGCCUGCAACAGGCACCCCUGUUGUUACUGGGCCACUGGGAACUGGGACCUGUGCACUGCUUCCUGUGGCGGUGGCCUUCAGAAGAGGACUGUCCAUUGUGUCUCCUCAGAGGACAAUAGAACCGAGGACCAAGGCCAGUGCCUGUGUGAUCAUGAACCCAGACCCCCAGAAUUCCAAAAAUGCAACCAGCAGGCCUGCAGGAAGAGUACUGAUUUACUUUGUACCACGGACAAGCUAUCGGCCAGCUUCUGCCAAACACUAAAAAGCAUGAAAAAAUGUUCCGUGCCCACUGUGAGGGCUCAGUGCUGCCUCUCGUGUCCCCAGGCACACAUCCUCCACAUCCGAAGGCAAAGAAGUCCAUAGCCUCUCAAAACUUCCAAACCACUCUAAGUCCAGAGAGAGCCACCAUUCUCCAAAGACUGCAGCAGUGCUGACCACAGCGGGUUCCAGCCCCAGAAGCCACUUCAUUGACAUUUCAGUUUAUGUAUUUCAUGUCCAAAAAAAAAAAAAA